UCGUUGUCGUCGUUGUCGUCGUCGUCGACGAUCGAAUCUACACUGCAUUGCAAACAAGUCGAGGUGGGAAUUGGGAAGGUAACUGCCGGAAGAGAGUCGCCGGUCGGGCGUUUUACAACGUCGUACCGCCGCGUUUCACAUACCUCUCGCACGGUGUAGGUGGGAGCACCUACGUUUCGCGGAAGGAAGAAAGAACGGACGGACGGAUGGACACAGCACACGGGCGUGCGUCCGCAUGUGACAACGCCUAGCCGUCUAAAGAUCAUCGCGCCCCGUCUUCCCGGUGACGGUGACGGAGACAAUCUGAAAGCCGGUUGAGACUCGACAGUGCGAGUGCCGCGCGGGCGGAAACGAAACCGAAGGUCUCGAAGGGGCGACGGGCGGGGAGCGCAGUGAAAGAGUCUCUCUCUCGAUCUGAUCUCUGCGUCAACCGGAGGAAACGAGUAGCUACCCCCCGUGUAUUUGUGCUAUGCGCGACGAACGUCCUCCUCUACAUCGAGCGCACCUCAUCGUCAUCCUCCACCUCCGCUACCUCCUCUCGCUGCUCGGCGCGCAACGUUAACGCGUGUGUGUGUCCGUGAGUGUCGCGGGGAUCGGGGAAACAAGCAGAAGAAAAAAAGAGGAGAGAGAAUUAAUGCGAUCGGGUAUAAAGCCGCGUCACGUGCAUCCGUAGUAGCCUGUAGCAGUGUGUGCCUUUCUUUCCUUCCCCUCGUGUGAGUUUAGAGUGUGUGUUAUUCGUCGCAGUCGUGGCCACGGAAUGCGGCCUCCUCGGGGCGGAGGUGAUCUUGGUCUCUAGUCGCGUGACGAGCCCCCCCGCUGUCCGCGCGCAAAGGUGGACACCCGGAGGAAACUAGCGCGAGGUGCGAGCGCUCCUGUUUGAACAUUACCAGGACAGUCCCACAGUGCCUCCGUUAAAUGCCAAAAUGUCGUCGAAUGCCUUUGUGGACAGGAUAGAUCCCUUCGCCAAGCGAUCCCUCAAAAAGAAGUCCAAGAAGUCACAGGGCUCCUCCCGCUAUCGCAACUCGCAGGAUGUCGAACUCCAGCAGUUGCCCCUGCUCAAAGAUGUUAACGCCGCAGAGCAGGAGGAAUUAUUUAUCAAAAAGCUACGCCAAUGUUGUGUGGCGUUCGACUUCAUGGACCCAAUGGCUGAUCUCAAAGGCAAAGAAAUUAAACGGAGUACGCUCAAUGAAUUGGUGGAAUAUAUCACAGCAGGGCGAGGUGUUCUUACUGAGCCCAUUUACCCGGAAACCAUUAAGAUGGUUUCUGCAAAUCUAUUCCGUACAUUGCCACCUAGCGAAAAUCCAGAUUUUGAUCCAGAAGAAGAUGAUCCAACCCUGGAGGCGAGUUGGCCUCAUCUUCAGUUGGUCUACGAAGUCUUCCUCCGUUUUCUCGAGUCUUCAGAUUUCCAGCCUGCUAUUGGCAAAAAAGUUAUUGACCAAAAAUUCGUGUUACAGUUAUUGGACUUAUUUGACUCGGAAGACCCUAGGGAAAGAGAUUUCCUGAAAACAGUUUUGCAUCGUAUUUAUGGCAAGUUCCUGGGACUUAGAGCCUUUAUACGCAAACAAAUCAAUAACAUUUUUUUAAGGUUUGUGUAUGAAACGGAACAUUUCAACGGGGUCGGUGAGCUUCUGGAAAUUCUGGGUAGCAUUAUUAAUGGAUUCGCUCUUCCUUUAAAAGUUGAGCACAAGCAAUUUUUGGUUAAGGUGCUGUUACCACUGCAUAAAGUGAAAUGUUUAUCACUGUAUCACGCGCAGUUAGCUUAUUGUGUGGUGCAAUUUUUGGAAAAAGACGCGACUUUAACAGAACCAGUUGUACGAGGCCUCCUUAAAUUCUGGCCUAAAACGUGCAGCCAGAAGGAGGUGAUGUUCCUUGGUGAAAUCGAGGAAAUAUUGGACGUUAUAGAACCUAAUCAAUUUGUUAAAAUACAAGAACCUUUAUUCAGGCAAGUCGCACGUUGCGUGUCUUCACCACACUUUCAGGUUGCGGAAAGAGCAUUGUACUUUUGGAAUAACGAGUAUAUAAUGUCUCUAAUUGAAGAAAACAACCAAGUAAUAAUGAAGAUUAUGUUCCCAGCAUUGUACAAAAUUAGCAAGGAGCAUUGGAACCAGACGAUCAUAGCUCUUGUUUACAAUGUUUUAAAAACAUUUAUGGAGAUGAAUAGCAAGUUAUUCGAUGAACUUACAGCCAACUAUAAGUUGGACAGGCAAAAAGAAAAAAGGAAGGAAAAAGAAAGGGACGAGAUGUGGAAGAAACUGGCCGAAUUAGAACGACGCAACACUCUCGAACGUAAUGCUCUCGCAGCUUCCUCCAAUAAUCCAGUUCCUGCCACUAACACAUCUAUAACGCGAACUCGUCCCUGAGCUGGUGGAAAUACGGUGGUAUCACGCUGCCCGAUUGUUAGCUCUUAGUUUACAUCAAUUGUCCAUAUACUACACACGAAAAAUUCUUGUUGUUAGUGAAACGAAGUGUCUCACAAAAGCAUUCUUGACUCUAAUGUAAUUCAUUUUAUUAGUUGUGACCGAAAUGGCAGAAUGAUAAAAGCAGAAAAAAGAAAUGAAAAAAGAAAGAGAGACAAUGCAGUUAAUUACGCAAUUUUAUUCUUCUUUAACAACAAUAACAACAUUAACAAUAA